CACACGACAACCUUGGUGGGAAUACAGGCAACUCCAACUAAGACUGCAACCCGUACYGUGGUUUUGAUUCGUUGUGAGCAGCAAACACAUACCUUGUAGUUCACGAACAUUCGCAAGGAAACAUUCACAGCUCUUUGUUUCAGAGUGUCACGCACCUCGAGAACCAUUUUGUUAGAGUWAUCGAAUCUCUGAGCACCUAGGAGGUCUUGCAUCGAGCACGAUUGAAACGGUUCGACUCAAUAGGAUARCAUAGCGAUAGAUCGAAACGCAACAAUAGAAACGUUGUUGACACCUAGGAGUGCAAACCUCCGGAUUUUGUCUCUAAUUCCAGAAGACCUUCCAAACAACACUAGGAGUCCCAACAGAGGAUAAUUUYCCUCUCUAGUGAAUCGCAAGCUCUAAAUCUGUACGACAGAAAUUAACGAUCARUACUCGUAGCCGGGCGUACGAAAACGAUGAAACGAACACACAACACCAACAGCGGCUUCAGAAUGGCGUCUUCCUGCUUGCUUCUCGGAUUGGUUCUUUUGGCAUCUGUGAGCUCUCUCGCAAAGGCCGAGUCGGAAGAAAGUCACUCUUUGCUGCGAGGACGAAACCUUAUCAUCGGAGGAGGCACGACUGGGGACCGGUUUCCCUAUUACGUUGCCCUGAAGGAUGCCAACAGAGAAAUCCAGUGCGGGGGGACUCUGAUCGCACCCGACAUCGUUCUGACUGCGGCUCACUGCAGGAAGUAAGUAGGAACACAACCAUUUCUGCUCUGUGUAUUAUCGAUGAUUUCCUUUGCAAGAUUGGAAGCAGAGAUCAGUUAUUCCUUUCCUGUGUGACGAUUCGAUGAUGGUUUUGGCAGCCGCACCUCUACCACGAACGGGAUUGGGUCCCGGUUCUUUCUAUCGAAAUCUCUCUUUUUUUCUAUCAAACUAUGAACCGCAACCGUUUCCUUCGACCGUGCUGCUUGUGCUCACUUUUUGCCUUGUCCACCAUGCCUUUGUUUCCCGUUCAUCGCAUCGUAUCCACAAUCGAUUCAGUUCCGAUUUGAUAUACGCAGACGUUGGCAAGUAUUCGAACAUCGAAGAGGAUGGGGACGAAGAAAUUGAAAUCGUGGAUCCCUUGUUGAUGAAGUCCGCUGCAGCUACUGGGGGCACCGUCGGCAUGCUGGAAUCCUCCGGUGCGGCUACCAUCGACAAGUCCGGCUUCAUCCAUCCCCAGCAUGACUUACAGAAACGAUCCUACGACGUAAUGCUCAUGAAGCUCAAGAAGCCAGCUCUCGGMAGAAAAUUGAUGAAGAUCAACGAAGACCCCGCAUUUCCCGUGAAGCAGGCCGGCGGCCGAAACGAAAUCACCAUCAUCGGGAUGGGCACCACAUCCACGAACGGAUUUGCGCCCAAGCCGGACGAACUKAAACAGGUGCACGUGGACUACCUUACCUACGAGGAGUGCAUUAAGACCAACAGCUUCAAUCUCAAUUAUAAAUUUGAACUCYUUCCGCACAUGAUGUGCACGUUUGGAUCGGGAAUAUACUCCCAGCGUGGGCAGUGUUAUGGAGAUUCCGGAGGUGAGUGCAUUUUGCGUUGAAGUUGCUCGUUUCGUCGUUCUUUUUUUCGUGUGUCGCUUUUCUCCACGGACUUUCAMUGUCUGCAGACCCAAAAAACCAACCCGUGUUGUCUUUCUUACGUAUUUUUCMCUGAUCUGCAGGACCUUACAUCGUCAAGGGAAGGUCUGCCGCUGAGGAUACUCAGGUGGCGGUUGUCUCGUGGGCGGUCAACUGCGCAAGCGAUGUCUUUCCCAUGGUGGGGUCACGAACCAGCGACCCACACACCCUGAAGUUCAUCAAAGAAGUUACCUGUUCYAUGUCGACAAUGCCUCCCCAGGGCUUGUGUAGCGAGGAAAACAACGGCGCCAGCAAUCUAUCGAGCCGACUCAAUGUUCCGAAYGGAGUAACCGUUUCUGUUCGCAUCUUUGCAGAUCCGUUCGGCCACGAACUCAAGUGGCAGCUCGUGGACCGAUCGGACGAGAAGCUUGUUUACGCCGAAAUCCCUUACGGAAUGAUCAGCGGAGACCACUUGUUUCAGGACGUUGUGGUCCCCGCCGGCGGAGAGCUCAAAUUCAAGAUCGAUGACGCCGCUCAGGACGGAAUUUUUGGAGACUCCGAUGCCAUUCUUUACGAAAUCGUCCUCCAAGACCAGAACACAAACAAYGAAAUCAUCAUGGUGGAAGGAAAUGGUAAAUUUGGGAAUUCCAAAGAGGAGGAUUUCCGUGUUCCGCUGGUUGGCGAGAAUACGGCUGCUUAUUUCCGUGCCGCUAACGAAGACGUGGCUUCGGAUCGAUAUGCAUCCGUCACCGGUCCUACCGCCCCCUUGAAAAUAUACAUCAAGUUUGCUGACUACCAUGAAGAUACCGCCUGGAAGGUUACUUCGGUCGAUGGGACGAAAAUCUUUGCCUCGAAGAAUGCUAACAGUUAUCGCUUAGGGGACGAUGUUACGGAAGAAGUGGAUCUUCCGGCCGGCCAGUACAGAUUCACCAUAUCCGAUCGUCGAGGCACGGACGAGUACCGAGCGUUCAAGUUCUACCAGCUUUCGUACCUCGACAGGAAGAYGCAACGAAGCGGUCUGACCGGUGGAGAAACGAUUGUCUAUACAAGCGAUGGCACCUUCGAGGGCGAAAGUAUUAGCCACGACUUUGUGAUCCCGGUUGCAGCAGUUGACGAUUCGUCUUCGUAUUCCAGCUCGCCGGCGGACCAAGGAAUUAUUUUUGGCGAACUGGACUUGAUGGACGAGGCCCAAGAAGCMCCAGCCGUAAAGGUUGAAGAAAAACCCUCCGAAAUGRCUCAAGACGAAGAAAUCUGCACAGGUGUAGCUGACGGGGAUUACUGUGUAUCAAAUGCUAGUUGCUGCAGUAAGUUCUGCAGGGGAUUUCGAUGCCAACCCGACCCUAACGUGAAAGCCCCUGUUUCAACUGUGACCGGACGCCAGCGAGUCAAGACUGGAAGCUACGGUGGGUACGGUGGGUCUAGCCGGGGAGGAGGGUACGCUCGGGCUUAAUGGCGGAAGAAUGUCUUMCAUGGUUGUAUUGAGCGAUAGAUGCACGCCUCGYGAUUCAGCACCUUUUCGACAUCUACACAUCAAUAAUCAUUCACACGCCCAGAGAGUCGCAAUCAUAWAAGCUUCCUCAGAAACAACCACARAAAGACACUCCAUUGAAUUUAGACACUUUCUCCUAGAUAGAAGAAUGAAUGGACGGUUUCAUCCGACCGACAAAAGAAGUAAGAGGGAAGUUCGGGUUUCACUUUCCAACAAUAUCAAGAAACACAUUCGAAGCAGGCAGCGCGUAGGACUGACGCCGGUGUGCCACUGCAAUUUCAAUAUAGAGAACGAAGUUCAUGCAUGUAUUUUAUCAAAAUCACUACAAAUCAAAACAAACAUCCGAAUACAACUAAUAACAAUAAAAGUUUAAAAUCCUUAAAAGAGCAAAUAAAUCCAAGAAUACUGU